AUGGGGACUAUGGAGUGUGACGAGAAUAGGCAUUGUGCUAGCGGAUGCUGUUCGAAAUUCGGAGUGUGUGGACUAGGCCCAGAAUUCUGUAGCGAGAAGAACUGUAUCUCUACCUGUGGUGCUAAAUCAGAAUGUGACCCUGGGAACUGGGGCUCCACAUAUGCGCAGUCCAGCAGCUGUUUGCUUAACGCUUGCUGUAGCAAACAUGGGUUGUGUGGUACUACUGAGGAGUUCUGCGGGAACGAGAAGAUAUGGAGACCUUCUUGUCCGAAUGCGACCUCAAUUUCUCGGGUCGUGGGCUACUAUGAGGGUUGGUCGGACAAACGUUCUUGCAAUAAGUUCUAUCCAUUGCAAAUCCCACUAAAUGUAUACACUCACUUGAACUAUGCCUUUGCGACCAUCAACCCGGAUACGUUCGAGGUUGGUCCGGUAAAUGGAGACGAAGCAAAAUUCAUGAAAAUCCUUUUAGAACAGAAAAGGGAAAGGAAUUCGCCUCGGGUUAACAUUGCCAUUGGUGGAUGGACUUUCAUCGAGCCAAGAGAAACCCCCUCGAAGCUCGAUUUAUCUCGCUCGAAAGACGUUCAAAAAGAGACUGGACCAAGAGCGACGACAUUUUCCGAUAUGGCCCGCUCAGAAACGAAGCAAAGGAAGUUCUUCAAGUCUCUUAUCUCAUUCAUGGCCACCUACGGAUUCGACGGAGUCGAUAUCAACUGGGAGUUUCCCACCGCAGAUGACCAUCACGGUCGUCCAGAGGACUUUGUUAACUUUCCGAAGUUCAUGGCAAACCUGAAAAAUGCGUUGAUGUCUACCGGUGGGCGAAGUGAGUUAAGCAUGACGAUUCCAGCCUCUUAUGGGGACCUCAAGUACUUUGACAUCAAAAGUUUGGCGAAGCAUGUGGACUACUUCAAUUACAUGUCUUUUGACCUUCAUGGAAAAUGGGAUAGAGAAAGCAAACGGAAAGAACCUUAUCUGGGCGCCCAUAGCAACCUGACAGAAAUCCGACACGCGCUGGACUUGCUCUGGAGAAACCGUAUCAGUCCAAGUAAGGUGGUUCUCGGGGUACCCUUUUACGGCAGAAGCUUUGCCAUGGCCAAUAAAAAUUGCAAGGAACCUGGCUGCAAAUUUGCUUCUGCAGGAAAUCCAGGAAAUUGCAGUCAAGACCUAGGCGUUCUCAUGAACAGUGAAAUCGACGAUAUCCGCGCAAAGCAGAAGAUUCAACCCACCUUGGACAAGGAGGCCGCCGUGCAAAUCCUGACCUGGGAUAAUCAAUGGGUCACGUACGACGAUGAAAGUACCAUCAAGUCGAAAUUGGACUUUGCCCGCACUACCUGUUUGGGCGGAGUCAUGGUCUGGGCUCUCAAGGAUGAGCUGCAGACUCUCCGCGCUUUCAGUUUAGCUAGCUCUAGGGUGUACCAGCUGACUGCCCCGAUCAUUUACAGAACAGCCAUUAUUCGAUUCUCUGGCUUCUCUGAGCUCCAGAAAAUAGUCGCUGAAUAUGCCGAGUCAGGCCUCGGACGGCCUUUUCUGACCCAUGCUACGAGACUGGACCUUGUGGCCCUACCCAAACAAGUACGCCAGCUUGGUGGUGGCUCGGGUCUACAUCGAUUCGAAACGCGGGAUAGAAGUGUUACCAUUGAAGAUUUCCAACCGUACGGUGUCGGCUCGUUCAUGGAACGAUUCAUGUCUCAAUUCGAUCUUCCGGGGUAUGGACGCCGGCUCGGGGGGCUCCCUGGGGCCUUUUCCAAGAACGAGUGGCAGCCACUGGUUUCGUUGGUCUCACGGCUGGCCAAACUGAAGAAUAUGCACUAUGCUAUACGCAACUCUUUCCCUCGGUCCUUACUUGAUGCAGUGCAACAGCAUCAUCCGACCUGCGGAAUCUAUAUCUGGAGCCCCCAGACACCACGCCUAGACAUCCCGGGUGUAGGUCCGAUAAAAAACACGAUGAAACUGGGUGGCUCGCUCGUUAACGACCUGCUAGACAUGGAGGUGCUUCGCUCUCCCUGCCUCCGCGCCAUUAAUCUAGAUUAUCCCAUUUUUGCUGGCUACCCGAAAACCCUCCAUCUAGGCAUGAUCGUACCAUACAUCAUUCAAGCUCCCGACAUCAAGCAUAUUUAUUUGAAUUUGGAUGGCGAGUGGGGAGUCGAAUUUCGGAAAACUAUCCAGAGCGUUCCUCAACAUACUGGUGAUACGUCGCCGCUUGUGGGUUUGCAUUCCUUCUCUCUGCAAUUGUACCUGCUCGAGGACCUGGCCCUGUCCCAAUGGACCCCGGUGAUGGAUUUAUCAGCCCUCAAGAGCCUGCAUAUCCCCAUGCUUGGGUUUUUUCAUUGUCCAUCUCAUCUCAAUAACGCAGUAUCAGGCCUUGUAAGCCUGGAAAGGCUAUGGAUAGGAGCUGAUCCGGGACACAAUGGGUGGACUACUUUUUCGGAGGAAUUGCGUUCUAUCUUUCAACGACUGAGGCCAUUGAAAUAUCUCUGCAUCGAGGGCCUCGAGCAUAUCUCAUUUCUUCACGAUAUUCUGGAGCGACAUGGUUCGUCCUUGGUAGGCCUCAUGCUACCACCCGGCCGCAGGCGGGCCUCGAUCCCUCAGCAUCCUCAGUAUGCGGGAUACAUCUACCCUUUCGUAGACGACACCCAUUUGCAGAGAAUUGCUCAGCGCUGCCCCAACCUGAAAGAUUUUCGUGUCCCGAUCCGUCGAUCGAAGGGCGACCACGCGGAAGUUCGCACUUAUCGGGCCCUAGGUAGUUUCCCUAGUCUACAGAACCUGAUCCUGGACCUGUACGGAAACCCGCGACCUGUACUGUCGGCUGAACAGGGGACUUUUUCAACUGAGAACGUGGGGGGGUCUGAUAUCCCGCACGUCAGCCUGGAAGAUGCUUUGAUCAAUUUCGCUACUGAUCAAACACUAGCCACCGCUAUCUGGACGGAGAUCGUUUCUCACCAGCCAUCACGGAAAUUGACACGUCUUCGCGUUUCUCCCUGGGGAUAUGCAAUCUACGAUAUUGAAGAGCGGUACGUACUGUUGCACCUAGCUCGGUCGUUCCUCGUUACACGCGGCACGCACGGCGAGACGGACGUGGUGGAGAUCGGAAAAGAGGAAAAUGAGGCCGAUAUGGAAGUCAUCGCAGCGCCAGACGAGUAUAGGCAGGCGCAACCUUUCCGAGUACCCAGACGAGUCACUCGAUUGCUUCACUCGAUCUGGCGACCGACACCUAGCCACCCGGACUGGACUACAACUUGGAAGAGCUUCCCCUUGCUAACCGACAUGGAUUAG